GUAGAAGGUGUCGUCGCGUGAAUUUCUCCAGCACCUUUUCUCUUGGAAGAAAACCGCGGUUUGCAGGAUUCCCAUUUGCCCGCGCAGGUUGUUGUCACCGACUCUCAUCUGGGCGGAGAAUGCGAAGAGGAAACGCCGCGGCAGGAAGGGCUGCUGCUCGCUCGUUUGCCAUGUCACAAGGAAGAGGCUUGUGCCCAUCAGGAUCUUAGCCUCUGGGUUUUGCUGGCUGGCCGAGAAGCAAAGCAUGGCCACGGACGUGCCCCCAGCCCUCCGAGUCCAGCUGGUGGAGGAAACCAGAUUGUUCAAGCUAAAGAAGAUGUUCGUCUCCAAAUUUAAAUCGGCUCCAAAAUUUUAUGUUCGAGCACCAGGGCGAGUCAACUUAAUAGGUGAACAUAUUGAUUAUUGCGGUUAUGCUGUGCUUCCAAUGGCCAUAGAGCAAGAUAUACUUAUUGCAGCUGCACCUGUAAGCACCCCUGUUAUCCACCUGGCCAAUACAAAUCCUUUGUAUGCGGAUUUUAGUACAAGUGUUACUGACAUUCAGAUUAACAAAACAAAACCUGUGUGGCACAACUACUUCUUAUGUGGACUGAAAGGAAUUAAGGAGCACUGCCGCCUCGACAGCCCAAGUGGCAUGAACUGCUUGGUGGAAGGUACCAUCCCUGCAAGUUCUGGCCUCUCCAGUUCCAGUGCCUUGGUGUGUUGUGCGGGACUCGUGACUCUGAUGGCAAAUGGAAGGACUCUUUCAAAGGUGGAGUUGGCUGAACUUUGCAGCAGAAGUGAAUGCUACAUUGGCACAGAAGGCGGAGGCAUGGACCAGUCCAUCUGCUUUCUGGCAGAAAAAGGAACUGCCAAGCUGAUAGAGUUCAAUCCUUUGAAGGCAACUGAUGUGAGGCUUCCAGAGGGAGCCGUGUUUGUUAUUGCAAACAGUUGUGUCACGAUGAACAAGGCAGCAACUUCUCAUUUCAAUAUUAGAGUGAUGGAGUGUCGGCUGGCCACAAAGAUUUUAGCAAAAUCCAGAGGCCUGGACUGGAGAGCAAUGACCAAGCUCCAGGACGUGCAAAUCAAGCUGAAAGUAAGCUUAGAGGACAUGCUGGCUAUGGUCGAGGAGAUGCUCCACCCGGAGCCUUACAGCAUAGAGGAAAUUGGGGAAAACCUGGAAAUUAGCCUCGAAGAACUACGCUCUGAGAUCCUCACUCCGAACACGCAAGAUGUGACCACCUUUAAGUUAUAUCAGCGUGCUAAGCAUGUGUACACUGAAGCUGCCAGAGUUCUGGAGUUUAAGAAGAUCUGUACAGAGGCACCUGACGAUGCAGUGCAGUUGUUGGGAGAUUUAAUGAACCAGAGCCAUGCCAGCUGCAAGGACUUGUAUGAAUGCAGCUGUCCUGAAUUGAAUCAACUGGUGGACAUCUGUCUGCGGUUUGGAGCAGUUGGGUCACGCCUGACCGGAGCAGGAUGGGGUGGCUGCACUGUGUCGAUGGUUCCUAUGGAGAAGUUGGAACAAUUCCUAACAAAUGUGAAAGAGGCCUUCUAUAAAAGCAAUGACCAAAGGUUAGGCCUGGUGGAAAGCAGCCUGUUUGCUACCAACCCUGGUGGUGGAGCUAUGAUUUUUCUUGAGGCCUGAUGCCAAAUUUAUAAUGAAUAAUUUGGUUCACUCUGAAGCUGGCAGGACUUGCUGUGCCACCAAAACUAAGUUGCUUUGCGGCUUUUGUCAUAAUGAGCAAUAACAUUUUUAGAAUGUAUUUCCAAAUAAAAAAAUGAAGAGUUCUGUUCAUCUUUCUAAUAUAUAUAUACUCUCCUGAGAUAUGCAUUCGAGAUAAUUCAAAAUGUUGAUUUUUGUCUGGAUUUUACAACACUUGAUUUGUCAAAGCAUGCUCAUUAAAAAUGAAAUGAAUGAAACUGAAAUAAAAA